ACAGAGGAACUUCAAUUUCAGAUCUUCAAAAGCAAAUCCCAUUUUCAAAAUCUUUUUGAUAAUUUUUUGCUUUGCAUGACCAAAGGUCCAAGCACAGUAAAAUCAAGAUUCGUUUGCAUCACAAUUCGCAUAUAACGUAAUGUAAUCGUGUUUUUCGCUUUUCUUGUCCUUUUAUUAUCAAUCUCCUUCGAUUCUGCACUUACUGGAGCUCUUAAUUAGAGAAAGGUGACUUUUGAAUACAAGAAAGUGUAAGAUUUUCUUUUGUUGUUUGUUUCUGGGCAAAAAUGCUGUGUGCUUGUUCAGGAGAGCAGUUCAAGUUUGAAGAACCUGCGCCGCAGUCGCCGGAAUCACUGGCCACAAGAGAUUUCUCUGCAAGUGGCCUUUCUUCAACAACUGGAAAUUUGGAUUGGGAAUCCAAACUUGAAGAUGCUCAAGUGGAUGAAGCUGAAUCCACAUUGAAAGAGGCACUUUCCUUGAAUUAUGAGGAAGCUAGAGCAUUGCUGGGGAGGCUUGAAUACCAGAGGGGAAAUUUUGAUGCUGCCCUUCAAGUGUUUCAAGGGAUUAACGUUAGGACUUUAUCGUCAAGAAUGUCGAAUUCUAUUGCUGAGCGAACUCGAUCACGAAAGCGCUCCAAAGGAGAAAAUGUGCUUGCUGCUGGGAUGUCACUGCAUUCUGUGAGUCUACUUCUCGAAGCAAUUCUACUGAAAGCGAAAUCAUUGGAGGAGCUCGGCCGAGUCGAAGAGGCAGCAAGAGAGUGUAAAAUGAUUUUGGAUAUAGUUGAAUCAGCUUUUCCUUAUGGUAUACGAGAGAGUAUUAAUGAAGACUUCAAGUUGCUGGAGAUGUUUCACAAAGCGCUCGAGUUGCUUCCCAAGCUAUGGAUAGAAUCGGGCUUUCUAGACGAAGCUAUUACUGCCUUCCGUAGGGCUCUAGUCAAGCCGUGGUGUCUGGACCCUCGAAGAUUGGCUAAAGUACAGAAGGACUUAGCUGCCCUGCUUCUCUAUGGAGGUGUUGAAGCUAGCCUUCCUUCUCAUUUUAAAUCAUGGGGACCAGCAUUUCCGACAAACAAUAUGGAGGAAUCGAUCCUUUUACUGUUUAUCCUUGCGCAGAAGAUUCUAUAUCACGAAAUUGAGUGGGAUCCAGAAGUUAUUGAUCAUUUAACUUUUGCACUCACAAUCUCUGGGCAAUUCGAGUCUUUGGCAGAUCAUGUAGAGCAAAUUCUUCCCGGGAUAUAUAAUCGCGCUGAGAGGUGGUACUUUCUUGCACUUUGCUAUGGCGCUGCAGGUCAGUAUGAAACGGCGCUUAACCUUUUAAAGAAAGUAGCUGGGUCUUCAGAAGCAAAAUGCAAACCUCACUUGGCAUCGUUCUUGCUAGGAGCAAAAUUAUGUGCUGAAGAUUCAAAGCAGGCUCGUCAAGGGAUGGAUUUUGCACUGAAAGUGAUCGAUGUUUCAAUAAACCAAAAUGAGCACUUAUUAGGCGAAGCUCACAAGUUCCUUGGAGUCUGCUAUGGAAAUGCAGCAAGGAUGUCCAUUUCGGAUUCUGAGAGAAGUUCGUUUAAUAGAGAAUCAUUGAACUCUUUAAACCAUGCUUCUUCUAUUGGCACUUGGGAUCCAGAGAUCAAGUUUAACCUUGGGUUAGAAAAUGCCAUUCAAAGGAACUUGGCUUCGGCCUUUGAUAACACAAUGCUGUAUUCAGAGAUGACGGCCACAAGUUCAGAAAGAGGUUGGAAACUACUGGCUCUAAUCUUAUCUGCUGAGCAGAGAUUGAGAGAUGCUGAAGACAUUGUCGAUCUUGCCAUAGAUGAAAGUGGAAGUAUUCACCAACUGGAACUUCUAAGGUUGAAAGCCGUCCUUCAGAUAGCUCAAGAACAACCGAAGCAAGCCAUAGAGACCUAUCGGAUACUGCUAUCUUUGAUUCAAGCACAAAGAGAACGUUGCGAAAAGAACACUGAUUAUGAGGCACUAGUUGAGAGAAAAUUGGAAGUAGAAGCGUGGCUAGAUUUGGCAGGGCUUUAUUCUGAUCUUAAAUCAUGGCAAGAUGCAGCCAUUUGUAUAGACAAAGCCAAGUUAAUUGAAAUGUAUUCCCAUCGUUGUUGGCACACUACAGCAAAACUUUUCGAAGUUCAAGCACAAUACAAGGAAGCAGUCAUUGCUUUAUCGGUUUCAUUGUCAAUAGAACCAGAUUACGUCCCAAGUAUUGUUUCGAGUGCUGAAGUAUUGUUAAAAAUGGACGACCACUCGCUCCCUGUCGCAAAAAGUUUAUUGAUGAAUGCAAUGCGUUUGGAACCCACAAACCACGAUGCAUGGUUCAACCUCGGAUUGAUUUAUAAGAAGGAAGGUUCGAUACAGCAAGCAGCGGACUGUUUUCAAGCUGCUCAUGAGCUCAAACUUUCUGCUCCAGUUCAAAGCUUCAAAUGACAGGAACUUCCCCUGAUUUCGAUCCCCAAAAGUUCAAUAACAUGGCAGACGUUACUUGUAAUAUGAGCAGCGAUACCUCCGCAGAUUCAAGAACAGGUUGCGUGAUUGGCAUUCUUUUCUUAGACUAGAGGUCGUAUAUUUACUUUUGUAAAAGUGACUGUCUAAUGAAGGAAUUGUACCAAUUUGAAGGGAAAGGGGCAUUUGUCGUAGUACUUGCCAUUA